UAUAAAAAAAUUAAUUUCUGUUUUAAUUUUUUUUCACACCCUGCUUAGGUUUGAGUUUUUCCCCAAAACGCGGGAAAAUCUGUCACUUGUCAAACUGACAAUUACCAAAUGAGGUUAAUUGGAUGUAGGAAAAUACUGAUAUUCCCGUCGAUACUCACCCGUGGCUUCAGGAAACGGGAUUUAAACUUGCUAAACAGGAAAAUUGGCCAAACGAUGGAAAGUGUGGGUAAACGGCCCUUCCGGGUCUCCAUUGAAGGGAAUAUAGGGGCCGGGAAGUCGACUCUUAUCGAUUAUUUUAGCCGGAUUUCGGGAAUCGAGACUUAUGGGGUAAGUUACUUGGGUUUUUCCCUUUUUUGUAAGUUUAAACUUUUCCAGGAGCCAAUCGAGUCCUGGCGCAACGUCAACGGAGACAACCUUCUGGACCUCAUGUACUCAAACUUCCCUCAGUGGCUCAAAGUCUUCCAAAACUACGUCCAGUUAUCACGCCUCAAAGUCCAAACUUCGAAGCCCAAAAACCCCAACACCACUGUCCAGAUUUUUGAACGCUCUCUGCAGAACAACCGAUUUUGUUUCGUCGAGUUGGCCCACAAAGGGGGCUAUCUCAGUGGACCCGAUUAUGCCGUUCUUGAUGAGUGGUAUCAAUGGAUUCAGAAUAAUAUAAAUAUUGAUUUAGAUUUGAUAGUUUAUUUAAGGAGCACACCUGAGGUGGUUUACGAGAGGAUUAAAGCCCGAGGGAGGCCUGAGGAGCGGAGAAUCUCACUUGAUUAUUUGAGAGAUUUGCAUCAGAGUCAUGAGGAGUGGUUAAUGAAGGAGAAUAGUGAGACUCCGGUACUGGUCAUGGAUGCGGAUAAGACUUUAGAGGAGGUUAAAGACCAGUUUAAGCAGAAUGAGAAGAGAAUUUUAGGUUUGUUUCAACUUCUCGACUCUUCUAAAAAAAAAAUAUGAUUUUUUAGGGUGCUAGUGAGGAAUUGAAAGGAAGUACUGGUAAUUGAUGAAAUACCUCACAUAGGAGUAGAUUUUGAUUAUUUCGAAUGUUUUUGUAAAUGAAAUUACGCGCUCGAUUUUUUUAUACUAGCGAUAACUACCGGUAAUAAUGUUAGUUUAUAGUAGAAAACUGUAAUCUCUUAUUUUUUUAUUAAAAUUUUGCAAAUUAA